AUGGCGACGCAGGUCGUCGCAGCAUCGCCGCUUCCGUCCGCCCUCGACGAGUGCGAGCAGAAGCUGCCCGACUACAAGACACCGGUCUACGUGCUGGACAGAGUGCCGGUGGGGCUUCCGCCGCCUCCGCCGCCGCCGGGCCGCACCGAGAAGUACCUGUACCCGAUCCUCUGGAUCCCCGGCCGCGAGGCCCACAUGCAGCCCUUUUACAAGUCUAACGAGGUGUCCGGCUUGUUUGGCCGGGGGGGCUUGCUCAAACGGCCACCCCUGGCGACGCCGAUGAUCAAGACGGGCUACUGGCACCCGGCCCGGUUCGGCGGGGUCGACUGCUACUGCUGGUGCAACGUUGUCGGCGAGCGGGAAGUGGAAGCAAGAGUAUAA